AUGCCUUCCUCUGGUUUUGAUGGUGAUCUUUUGAACUGUGAUGCCUUUGAGAUUACCGAUGCUCCCACCACUGCAGCUGGUGAUAAUCCUGUUCACUUUGCAACGUUGAAGGUGGAUGUUGAUACUGAAGCAAUUGCCGAAGGCAAGCAAGUCACCUGUGAAGAAUCUGAUGUUUUGAGGCACGUGUCAUCCAUCUCUGAGAGUGCACCUGAGAAAGUAGAGCCUUGUGAGCCCGUUAGUGUUGCCAUGCCAGGUGAUAAUGAUGCUAUGAAAGUGGAUAUGACAUUUACAGAUAUUGAUCAACUGGGUAAUGGGACACUUCCCAUAUGUGAACAGACCGUGGAUGUUGUGGUGGCUGAUAUUUCAAUGUCCAUAGACUCAUCUUCUGAGUUUCCUUUUGAUUCUGACCAUGGACUUCAGGACAUUUCUGUACAUGAGCCUGAUGUGACCACCAUUUCACUUGACAGUGCUGAUGUUGUGGAUGACGAAGCAAUGCAAAUGGAUGGAGAUGAUAGAGCUACUAUCUUGCAAAGAGGUGGACGGAGGAAGAGGGGUCGACCAUCAAAGACUCAAGUUGUUAGAACAUCAAGGCAGAAAGAAGCUGAAGAGGUGUGUUUUAUUUGCUUUGAUGGAGGUGAUCUUGUGGUUUGUGAUCGUAGGGGUUGUUCAAAGGUGUACCAUCCUUCAUGUGUCAAUAGAGAUGAGGCUUUCUUCCGUGCAAAGGGUCGUUGGACAUGCGGUUGGCAUAUAUGUAGCAGCUGUGAGAGAACUGCUCACUACAUGUGCUUUUCCUGCACAUACUCUUUAUGUAAAGGGUGUAUUCAAGAAUCUGGAUUUAUUUGCCUCAGAGAAAAUAAAGGGUUCUGUGAAGCUUGCAUAAGCACUGUGAUGCUGAUAGAGACAAAGGAAUAUGGGAAUGGACAAAUGAUUACAGUUGAUUUUGAUGAUAGAAGUAGUUUUGAAUAUUUGUUCAAGGACUACUAUAUAGCUCUGAAAGCAAAGUUGUCAUUGACAUUAGAUGAGUUGAUGAGCGCUAGAAAUCCAAUCAAGAAAUCUGAUGUUGCCACACUAACUAAUGGUUCUGGUAAUUUGCGUAAUCCUAGAGAACAGCAGGUAGCAUCUUCAGACAGCUCUUCAGACCAUAAAGAAAGAACUUCUAGGAGGAAAAUUAGAAAAAGAUCUAAGAAAUUUAUCAAUGACAAAGGGUCAGUAAAAGGAGAUUAUGUUGGUACAUCUGUCUCCAGGAACUCUGAGUGGGCUACGGAUGAACUUUUGUAGUUUGUAGCACAUAUGA